AUGCAUGUCCAAAAAGCCACCAAGUAUCUGAAGGAUGUCAUUCUACAGAAGCAACGUGUGUCAUUCCAUCAUUGCAAUGGUGAAGUUGAUAGGUGUGCCCAGGCCAGACAGUGGGGCUGGACACAGGGUCAGUGGCCCAAAAGGAAUGCUGACUUUUUCUUGCACAUGCUCAAAAAUGCAGAGAGUAAUGCUGAAUUUAAGGGCUUAAAUGUAGAUUCUCUGGUCAUUGAGCACAUCCAGGUGAACAAAGCCCCCAAGAUGCAGUGUAGCACUUACAGAGCUCAUGGUCUGAUCAACCCUUACCACAUUGAGGAGACUACCCUUACCACAAUGUGUUCUCCCUGCCACAUUGAGAUGAUCCACACUGAAAAAGAGCAGAUUAUUCCCAAAUCAGAAGAAUAG